CUGAUUUGCUUUGCUUUGCUUCCCAGAUUUUCCUUUCAAAGGUUGCUUCGGCUUUGCACCGAUAUGCACCAUUAGUUACUCACUGCCCUGCUUUGUUGGACCCGUUACUAAUAUCCACCAGCCCAUCCAUAUGCGCCUUGCAAAACAAGGCUGUCCAACUGACGUCGGCCUCUACACAGUCCCCGAGAAAUGGCAACACACCUCCCCAUUCUCGUGCCGGCCUGGCUACAGUAGCGGCUCGUUGUGGGUGGUCCAUCUACAAGUACAUCCAUACCUACUUCGUAAAGUUCCCGUCUCUCACACAUGCAAAACAGCCCCGGGAGGUGGCAGUGCCCAGAGAAGAGAGAUUACUACACACAUCAGACAAGGCUAGUACUCGUACAGACUUGCUACCAACGGCAAAAGCAGAUUACAGUACAACCCAUUGCAAGGAUGCCAGGAUCAAAAAAGACAAAAAGGUAAAUACAAACACGACCAUUUCUCCGAUGAUGGUCUUAUUUCUGGGGAAUUCGGAUUCCCGUCCUUUCCCACACACACAAGGUCCUUGCAUCUCCGUUCCCGUUGAUAAGCAGCACAUCAGCCCAGCCAAACGGCACAUGCUAUAUUGGGGCAAUGCCAAGCAACCGGCCGCCCCCCAGACACACCCAAAAAAAGCAUCGCUCUCCGGCAAAGCUACAGUAGUAUUGACCCUUAUUUUUUUCAAGAUACUACUCUGUACAAACUACCUGAUCCUGUAUAGUAAUUUUAAUAUCGAGAACCUGCUGAGUCGAGAUGAUGCCGAUGCCGAUGCCGAUGACGAUGACGAACCAUGGCGGGCCACCUUCUUCUUCAGCCCAACUUACACUCAAAAGGACAACAUUGAAGAGAGAGUGUACGCAACACAACAGCCAUGCCCUUUUGUCGCCAUCAUACUUACACUACUCCGUUAACUAAUACACUGCAUUGCACUACUUCCAAAUGUGACGCCUUCUCAACAACAUCCCGUAGCACACACCAAAUUCCCAUCAUCGCCAAACGGCCAUAAGCAACGUCAAUCGCGUGCUCUGCAUAUGCAUUUCGGGUAAGCUCCGACUUUAGCUCAAACCACCCCCAAACUCCGGAAUGCCGCGUGUUUUUGUGAAGCGCGAAAGAGCGAGGCCGCGGGGGAUGGGAUGGGGGAU